CAAUGCAGCCCGGCCUCCCGCCCGCCCCGCGCAGGCAUUGGUAUGCCCGGCCGCGCCGCUGGCGGAGCAGGGCUGGGGAGGGGGCUUCCCCGGGCUCCCGCCUUCCCGGCCCGGCCGCUGCUAGCGGACUCGCCCCGAGCAAGGGCUGCGGAGUGUCCCGCUCCCGGACCGGCCAGGGGAGGCUAUGCGAGCCGCCCGGGCGCCCCAGCCAUGUGGUGCCUGCACUGUCACUCGGAGAGGACUCAGUCCCUGCUGGAGCUGGAGCUGGACAGCUGUGUUGAAGGCGAAGCUCCAAAUAGUGAAACUGGCACAUCUUUGGAUAGUCCAUCUACUUACCAUCAAGGACCUAUAACCCAUAGUUCGGCGCUAAGCCCAGACCAUUACGACCAUUCUGCUUACGGGCUGUAUUCUGUCUCCCCUGGGCAGCAAAGAUCUCGGAGGCCUAAGCUUCAGCACUCAACAUCAAUACUGCGAAAACAAGCAGAGGAGGAAGCUAUUAAAAGGUCAAGAUCACUUUCUGAGAGCUAUGAACUCUCCUCAGAUCUACAAGAUAAGCAGGUGGAAAUGCUAGAACGGAAAUAUGGGGGCCGUCUCAUAACUAGACAUGCUGCUCGUACCAUACAAACAGCUUUUCGUCAGUAUCAGAUGAACAAAAAUUUUGAGCGGCUUAGAAGUUCUAUGUCUGAAAAUCGUAUGUCAAGACGCAUUGUGCUGUCCAAUAUGAGAAUGCAGUUUUCCUUUGAAGGGCCUGAGAAAGUCCAUAGCUCAUACUUUGAAGGGAAGCAAGUUUCUCUUACAAACGAUGGGUCAAAAAUAGGAGCCCUUGUCCAGUCUGAAUGUGGUGACCUUGCGGAAUCCACUACAAUGAAAUCUCCAGCAGCAUCCACUGAUUUUGCUGAUGCUAUAACAGAACUGGAGGAUGCUUUUUCAAGGCAGGUCAAAUCUCUUGCAGAAUCAAUUGACGAUGCACUAAAUUGCCGUAGUCUACAUUCUGAUGAAGUCCAGACUCCGGAUCAAAUCAGAAGUCGUGAAAUGGAGAGGGAUAGUUGUAGUCAAAUCAAGCCAGCAAUCCAUAAUGUGGAUCACAGGAAACUUGAUGAGAUGACUGCAUCAUAUAGUGAUGUUACAUUAUAUAUUGAUGAGGAAGAGCUAUCUCCACCCCUUCCCCUUUCCCAAUCAGUGGACAGACCGUCUAGCACGGAAUCUGACUUGAGGCUUCGGUCAAUGAACUCUUCUCAAGAGUACUGGUCCAUGACCCAUAAGGAUGAUAAGAUAGACACUGAUACAAGUUGCAGGAGCACCCCUUCACUGGAAUGCCAGGAACAAAGGAUGAGAAUGGAUCAUCUGCCAUUGCUAACGAUAGAACCACCUAGUGACAGUUCAGUGGACUUAAGUGAUCGCUCAGAAAGAGGCUCAUUAAAGAGACAAAAUGCAUAUGACCGAGGAAUCACUAGUCAGCAAGGAAGCCCAAAACAUAUCCCACAUGGUAUUCCCACCAAGAUUAUAUCCCGAGAAGAACAGGAGGCUAGACACAAGCCAAGGCCCAUUGAUAGUCACUUAGCUAUUAAUGGCACUGCAAACAGGCAAAGCAAAUCAGAGUCUGAUUAUUCUGAUGGUGAUAAUGACAGCAUCAAUAGCACUUCCAAUUCUAAUGAUACAAUAAAUUGCAGCUCAGAGUCCUCUUCUAGAGACAGCCUAAGGGAACAAACCUUAAGCAAACAAACAUACCAUAAAGAAACUCGUAACAGCUGGGAUUCGCCUGCCUUCAGUAAUGAUGUUAUCAGAAAACGCCAUUAUAGGAUUGGACUGAACCUUUUUAAUAAAAAACCUGAAAAAGGAGUCCAGUACCUAAUCGAGAGAGGUUUCGUGCCGGACACUCCUGUUGGCGUCGCCCAUUUUCUCCUACAAAGGAAAGGACUCAGCAGGCAGAUGAUUGGAGAGUUUUUGGGCAAUCGACAGAAGCAGUUCAACCGAGAUGUAUUGGACUGCGUUGUAGAUGAGAUGGACUUUUCAGCAAUGGAACUGGAUGAAGCUCUCAGGAAAUUUCAGGCUCAUAUCCGUGUUCAAGGAGAAGCUCAGAAAGUAGAACGACUCAUUGAAGCUUUUAGCCAGCGUUACUGUAUCUGCAAUCCCGGCGUUGUGAGACAGUUCCGAAAUCCUGAUACGAUCUUCAUCCUAGCUUUCGCAAUCAUAUUGUUAAACACAGACAUGUAUAGCCCAAAUGUGAAACCAGAACGCAAGAUGAAGCUGGAAGAUUUUGUUAAGAAUCUAAGGGGCGUAGAUGAUGGUGAAGAUAUCCCACGAGAAAUGCUGAUUGGAAUAUAUGAGCGAAUUCGCAAACGGGAACUGAAGACAAAUGAAGAUCAUGUAUCCCAAGUGCAAAAGGUUGAAAAACUCAUCGUAGGAAAGAAACCGAUUGGAUCUCUGCAUCAUGGACUUGGCUGUGUACUCUCUCUACCCCAUCGGAGACUUGUUUGCUACUGUAGGUUGUUUGAAGUUCCAGACCCAAAUAAACCUCAGAAGCUUGGUCUGCACCAGCGAGAAAUAUUUUUAUUUAAUGACCUCCUUGUGGUCACCAAGAUCUUUCAAAAGAAGAAGAAUUCGGUGACAUACAGUUUUCGACAAUCCUUUUCCCUUUAUGGAAUGCAAGUUCUUCUUUUUGAGAAUCAGUAUUAUCCAAAUGGCAUACGGCUCACAUCAGCUGUUCCAGGAGCAGAUAUCAAAGUCCUAAUAAAUUUCAAUGCACCCAAUCCUCAGGAUAGAAAGAAAUUUACAGAUGAUUUAAGAGAGUCUAUUGCAGAAGUCCAAGAAAUGGAAAAGCACAGAAUAGAGUGUAAGUACAAAGCUGAGCUAGAAAAACAGAAAGGUGUGGUACGUCCAAGCAUCUCCCAGUGCUCCAGCCUCAAAAAAGAGUCUGGCAAUGGGACGCUGAACAGAGCCUGCCUGGAUGACAGCUAUGCCACCGGUGAGGGACUGAAAAGGAGUGCCCUCAGCAGUUCCCUUAGAGAUCUCUCUGAAGCUGACUUAGAAAGGAAAAGAAAACACUGAGGUCCCUGUGCAAUGACUGCUUCCUGUGUAUUUUGUGCUUAAGUGUACCCAUGUACUACAUUGAUGAAUGAAAUUGAGUGAAGCCCUACCAAAUUCUAUCUAGGGUGAUACACUUCAGUUAUACUGUGUGACUGGUACUAUCUCAUCAUUGUAUUAUGCACAACAUAGACCCUAAUUCUUGUUGAAGCUGUUGUUUGCAAACUACUAUUGCCAGAGUAAUAGGAAAAAGCCCUGCUGGGCACAGUAGUAAUGUCCCCAAGACUCAGAGUUGCUGCUGUGGCUAAAUUUGGAACUGAUUGAUCUUCUUGGGGUUCUAAAUAUCUGUACAUGCAUUUUAAAAAUGGAAAAAGUGGUAUGUGCCUGGGUUUUGUUUUAUUUUUCUUUGUUUGCCACAUACCAUUAAUUAUUAGUAAUUAACACCGUCAUGGCUUCCAGACUUCCAGGAGAAAUGUUCAGCUCUGUGUUCAAAAUGUUAGGUACAUUGCUCCUAUUAUUGCUAAUGGAAGUUGUAACACCAGCCACGCCACACUGACAGUAGCCAUCAGAACAGCAGCAUUGGGAUUUAAAAAAAUAAAGUUAUAUCUGCCUGUAUUAUUGGUUUUGAUCUUUAAAUGCUGUAUAAUUUACAGUGGAGACAUAAUUUGUAAUACUGUGUAUAUCUUGAAUAGUUACCCCCAGUUAGCCUUUUCAUGUAUUAUCAAAGAGGAGGAUUUAGCUGUGCUGCAGAAAAUAAAAUGCUGGUAAAUUGAAUAUGUAGUGUGUGUGUGUGUUUUUGUGUGUGUGUAUUUAUGUAUGUAUACAUACACAUACACACACACCUCUAUUUUAUCACUUGUGUUUACUCUGUUUAUAUCCAUCUAUACCCAUCUGCCUCAUUAAAAACACAGCCCCCUAUCCAAAGUCCACUUGAAGUUAGUGAGAAUCUUUCUACUGACUUCAGUGUAGGUUGGAUCAAGCCCAAGUCCUCAUAGUUAUUAAAUCUAAGCUCUACAGAUACCUUCAUCAUCUUUUGUUUUUGUUUUAUUUUAAGUUCAUUUAGAAUGAGGACAGCCUGUGGGAGUUGCACAGCUGUACAAACCAAUUGGUGUGUUUCCUGAUUAACGCUUUUCAUCCCAUAGGAAUUUUCCAUCAUAGUCUUCCAAAUAUUGCCAUGUACAUAGAUCCCUUUAGAGGGUUAUGUACAAUAAACAAGCUGAAUUGCUCUUGAUCAUGAAAACAUUCCAUACUUCCAAACCACAUGCCCGUCGUUGGCAUGCGCUGUACUGAAAGUGGUCUUUUUCCAUGAUAGAAAGUAGAAAUCAUUUACAGACUGAAGGGUUUAUUGAUGAAUUUGUUAAACCCAACUAAACUUAAUUUUAAUAUUUAUCCACUGACAGUUAUGGAAAGCUUCUGUUUGGUCUUGUGCAGUGCAAUUAACUUGAAAAAUUACACAUCCAUCACCCGAUUUAAGUUAAUAAAAUACCAUUUUCAGUCCCGUAAUAUAUACUACUAUUUCUGUGAUACAUCAAAAUCACUAUAGUGAAUUUACAAAUAUCUCCUUGAAGUUUUGUUUACUUGGUGAGGAUUCACUCGGUGUAAGUAUGAAACAUAAGAUACCUAGAAGAAGCAAAGAAAAUUUACCAAUCAGCAGAGACACUGUGGCCCCGGUGACUGUGCCAAAGCAGCAUACAUUCAAAUAACUUCAGAGAAAGGAGGACUGAAAUUGGUUCAUACUAAUUCUUGAUGUUUGUACUGCCAUGGCAUGAAAUAUAGGAUGAUAAAGAAGGAGGUGUAGGUGUAUUUGUUUAGACAAUAGAGAUAGUGGGCUAGAUUUGUAAAGAGUUUCCUUUAUUGUUUCUGCAAAAAAUCCAAUUUCACUUGUGCAAAUUUAAUAAAUGUAUAUGCACAGAGUUUGGCGCAUAAUUUUCUAAGCAGUGCUGCAGAGUUGUUUUUGAUAGCACUCUGAAAAUGCGAUUCUAUGAAAGGGAAAUCUGAUUCCAUAAAGAAAGUUUUGACUGUGCAGGUUUCUGAUGAAACUGCAAUUUGGAAAACAUUAGCUAAUUUCCCCUUUCCAGAAAUCAUUAUACCUAUCACAGAAGAAUACUAGUAGGGGAAAGUGCCUUUGAAAUGUUUUCCAUGCUUUAAAAGGAAAAAAUUAAUUGGUCUCUCACAUCUAAAGAAAGAAAAGAUUUCUGGGCCCUUUCACCUCCUAAAAGCCUGAAAUUGGUUUUUGGAGAGCAAUGCUUCAAUUCCCCAACAGGCAAAUAAAUAAUAUCUGAUAUUAAGUAGGUAUCCUUUGCUGCUGGCUGCUUUUCCAUUCAUUUUUGCAUGAAAACAUAAGUUGUAUUUGCAAAAAUUAAGUGAAUGAGGGUUUUUUGGGGUUUACGGUUAAUAUAUAAUAAUCCUUAUUUUGUUCUCUCUGUUCUGACAUCUGCUGCCAUGUAAUAAAAAGUAGAAAUGAGAACUGGAACUGUUACAAAACGUGAACGAGUCAAAAGCAUUUAAUGCUUCAUCUUUUUUCAAAUAUGAAAAUUAUGAGCAUUUUUGUUGCUAAUGGCUGAACUGACCAAUGAUUAUCUCUGUUCACUGAAAUAUAGUCAAGAAAAAAAUACUUAUUUACCCUAGAAUGUAGAAUUCCAAAUUCUUGUGUAAAGCAUUAGAAGAAAACAAAAAACAAGAUGCAAUUAGAAUAGGAAUUGAUUAUGCCAAACCCUGAGAGCAUUUUGGACUGUUCCAAAGCUUUCUUCCAUUUAUGAUAUUGAAAUGGGCCUACGCAUAAGUGUGAUAGAUGAAAAUUAUCCAAUCACAAGUAGUACUGGGGGGGGUGUUAAAAUAUAGGACUGGGAGGAUAUGUGGGUUUCUGACUCUCUCCCACAGAUUUUCUGGGUGACUUCUAGCAAGUCACAACUUGAUUUUCAGAAGUGCUGAGCACCUGUAAUUCUCAGUGACUUCCUAUGGAGCUGGGAGUGCUCAGCACCUCUGGAAAUCAGGCUGUUAGCCUCCUUGUGCUUCACCAUAGCAAUGUGUAAAAUGGGGACAAAAGAUUUCCCUUCCUUCCAGAUGUGUGGUGAAGCUUCAUGCAUUCCUGUUGGUAUGUGGUACAGACAUGCAAGGCUAUUUUUACUACAUCUACAAGUGGACCCUGUUCCUGGUAGUCUCAGCAAAUAUCCCCAAGACUUAUCCUGCAGUAAUAUGAGUGUUGACUGGCAUUAAGGGCCAGAAACUUGUAAAUAUAACCCAAGUGUGAAAAUACUCCCUCGGCUUCUCAUCUAUUGCCCCAAACAUUGUUGAUUGUUUUUGUUUACAUCAUUUUGGCCCUUGAAACCAAUAUAUCAUGGUUUUUAUGAACCCUUUGUAAUAUUUUCCACUUUUCUUCUUGCUCAGAGUUUACCCUCUGGGGAAAGACUGCAGGGAUUUUCCCUCCACCUAUGUUCUAUACAUAGAAGCAGAUUUCAUAUGGUUGCAGAACCCUCUCCCACCAGCAGGAGGAGUCUUCAAGGGAUUGGUUAAGGUUCUUAGCUCCUCCCUCAUCUAUUUGCUGCAAGGAGAAACUAAAAGUUUCUCUUUACUCAGACUUCUCCCUUGAGUUGAGGUGGAAGUGGGCAAAAAGAAUGCUAUUUGGGGUAUGAGACAUCAAAGCUCUUCUGCCUUCGCAUAUGAGAUCUCCAGGGCAGUAAAUGAAGUAGUGCAGAGGAGAUGUGGGACUGGAAUGCCACAAUUUUCAUCUUUCCUUACAAUCAUUGUCACCUUCCUUCUGUCCCCAUUGGAUGUCAAUGAUGCCUGGCAUGGUACAUGACUCUGGAUGUGUAUAUCACUGCCUACUUCUACUGAUUCUAACCAUAUACCCCAUUUUUAACUAAGUGGAUUCUUAGAAUCCAGUACCUUGUGUUCAUGUGUCCAAAGCAUGCAUAUAUAUAAUACGCAAGGAUCACCCACACAGUCACCCCUGUUAUAGCCACAACCAACAUUACUCCACUGGUUUAUAAUCAUUCACUUCCCCCAAAGCAAGAGGAAUUUAUGUAGGCAAGAUGUAAUUACCUGCACUGAAUUUGACCAGUGUGCCAAGGAUAAUGCUCCUCAUGUGAAGACAGCCAGAAGUUUUUUUUUUUUAAUGAUCACAUGUGUCAAGAUCAUAAUUAUGUGCCUCAUCCAAAAGUCAGGAUUAAAAGCCCCCUAGAAGUGGUCCUUCCAUAUUACAAUUGAGGCAGAUUGGUGAGGUAGUAUUGGUCAUUUUGAACUACCUCAGCUUGUGCCAGGCCUGGCCUCUGGAUAACUAGCUGACAACAGUUUCAACUCCCAUGAAUACCACCUUCACAACAUGCUGAAGCUAGUACAGCGACUCAUUAUUUGUUAGAUGGCUGUUAAAAUAAUUUGCUUUACUAAGAACAUACUUUGAAUCCUUUUUCAGACUGUUAUCCAAGAAUCACAGACUAAUCACAAGAAAUGCCCUUGAUCUCAGUAUGCCUCUCAUUGGCAUAGAGUGGGUAGGCCCAAGAAGUAGAAUACAGUAAUGACGUUUCCUGUAACAUUUUUCAUAUUUAUAAGGACAAUUUCUGCAAGGACGCAAGCGCUCACAGAAUUCAUACGUUUCUGCGAGGAUAUUCUAAAUGCCUCACGUGUAUUGAGUUUAAAGUGUCCUUGUUUGUACAUGUGGAGAUGUGUUGCAUUAGUGCAUAUUACAGAUGCUUACUCAGAAGCAGCAUACCACCUACCACAGUCCAUUACCAACCAUGGCAGCAGUGAAUUGGCCAAGGGAAUGAGAAUUUAACUUUCCAAGGAGAGGGAAAAAAGCUGGAAUUAAACUUUACAAAGAGAGGAAUGAGAAACGGUGUUGUAUAGUGACCUUUAAAAUAUUUUAAAACUAUUUGCUGGGAACAGUUAGUUGUAAAUUUGUUAAACACAACCGGGUUUUAUAGCAUCUCAGCUAAUAAUCAUUCUAGCGUAGUGUUAUGCUGUAUGUAACAGCUGAAUAAGCUUCUUCUAUCCUGGAGUUACCAUUUCCUUGCAAUGCAUUUUGAAGAAUGAUGCUAAAAAAAAAUUCUAAGAUGAAAUGGGUGUAGCACUGAAAAAUAGUAUGUAAUAAAAUGAUCCAACAUUGGCAAGGGGAAUACUUUGUAAGAUCUAAUAAAUCAUUUCCAUUUCUGAUUGCAUACAACCCUUAGUGAACCUGUUUCACAUUGUUUUAUUAAACUAAGUCUCUGGUCUUGGAAAAAUUUACCAGAGCGCCCUUUAUUGUACAGUACUAAUUAGUGAUCAUCUGAGGAUUAUUAUAGGUGUCACAGAUACGAUUUCAUUUUUUUUCUGCUGAUAUGCCUUCACCCACAGUCAUCUUAGGAGCAUAGAUAGAUGCUCACCCAUCUGUCCACAUACACUGCAUUCAUCACUGUGGCAUCUGAGCAUUUUCACUCUUGCUUUAUCUUCCCUCUAGUGGGAAACUUUAGGUUUUCCUAUGUUCCUUCAUGCCUAGUCAUUUUAGUCACCUAUGCCAGUAUAAUAUCUAUCUUUGAAUGGG